GGAUCAUAUAUUGACAACAGUUUUCUAGGUUAGGUCCAAUAUUAACUUAUUUUUCAUAUUUAUAAUAAGUGUAUUUAAAAUUUCAAUAUAAUGGAAGAAGAGGACGGUGUUCAUCGUUUGGAAGGCAUAGGAGAUCAAAGAGGUGGAUUAAUUGUUAAAAAGAAGCAACCAACAUUUAAAGUUCCUCAGCCUUCUCUACUUGGUUUAGACAAAUUAGCUGCUCAAAAAAGAAAAGAACGAGAAGAUGCUGCAAGAAAAAUGUCAUUUUCAAUUGAGGAAGAGGAAAAAUUCGAAUCAGAUAUUAAUGAAAAGCUGCAAACUAGCAAUAGUCGUAAAUAUAGAUCACCUCUUGAAGAAACUCCUACUUACACAGGAGGUAUAACAAAAGCAGCCAGAGAACGAUUAAUGGAACGAAUGAAUUCUUCUAAAAAUAUAGAGAAAGGUGUGUAUGCUAGUACAAAAGAUUCUAAACAUAAACGUCAUAGUGAGGAUCAUAAUAGUCGUAGUGGACAUUACAAGCAUUCAAGAACAAGCAAAUAUGAACGAGAGGAAAGGAGACAAAGGUAUACUGAUUCAGAACGCCAGAACCAAUUCAAAACACCUAGGUUUGCAGAUGAACCUAGAACUCCAAAUUUAAAAGUAAAAGACGAACUUUCAAAAUCAUCUUGGGACGAUGAUGAGGUUGCUCCAUCAAAAAAAUCUUCUUGGGAUUUUCCCACUCCCUUAGUUGAUAAAAAAAGUGGAGAUUGGUCUGAGAGAACUUCUAAAAAUGAGCCACCAUCGUACAGAUCAGAAAAAUAUAGAGAACACAGGAGUUCCAGAAGUAGUGGUCAUAAAAAUAGACAUAGUUGGGAAACACCUAGAGUGACACCAGCUUAUAAGUUUAAUGUUUGGGUAAAAGAUAGAAAGAAGACAGGAGCUACUCCUGGAGUAAGCAGUGAAGAGUUAAAAUGGCAAGAUGAAGAGGAUAAGGAAUUGUGGGAAGAAGAACAAAAACGUAUUGAUAGAGAAUGGUAUAAUUUGGAUGAAGGAUAUGAUGACGAAAAUAAUCCUUUUGCAAAUGUUAGCGAUGAUUACACAAAGAAGAAAGAGGAGCAAUUGGAACAACGUAAAAAAAAAAGAAUGUCUGCUCAGCAGAGGCAAAUAAAUAAAGAUAACGAAUUGUGGGAAAGAAACAGAAUGCUGACAUCAGGGGUAGUUCAUUCAGUUGACUUUAAUGAAGAUUUUGAUGAAGAAUCGCUUGAUCGCGUCCAUCUACUAGUUCACAAUAUAGUUCCACCCUUUCUCGAUGGACGUAUUGUAUUUACAAAACAACCUGAGCCUGUAAUUCCUGUGAGAGAUCCUACUUCUGAUAUGGCACUGACUGCUAGAAAAGGUUCUCGUUUGGUAAAAAUCUAUAGGGAACAAAAAGAACGAAAAAAAGCACAGAAGAAACAUUGGGAACUUGGAGGCACAAAAAUAGGUAACAUUAUGGGAAUAAAAAAGAAAGAAGACGAAGAAGAUGCACGGUACAACAAGGACGAAGAUAAAACUGACUAUAGAACAGAUCAAAAAUUUGCAGACCAUAUGAAUAAAACAGAAGGUGGUAGCAGUGAUUUUGCUAAAAAGAAGACCAUUUUAGAACAACGAAGGUAUCUUCCAGUAUUCGCCGUUCGACAGGAACUAUUGAACGUUAUUCGUGAAAAUUCAGUUGUUAUUAUAGUAGGCGAAACUGGUAGCGGUAAAACAACGCAAUUGACCCAAUAUUUACACGAAGAUGGUUACAGCAAAUACGGAAUGAUUGGGUGCACUCAACCUCGAAGAGUGGCUGCUAUGUCAGUAGCAAAACGUGUCAGUGAUGAAAUGGGAACUCAGUUAGGAGACGAAGUAGGUUAUGCAAUACGUUUCGAGGAUUGUACAUCAGAAAAUACGGUUAUAAAAUAUAUGACGGAUGGUAUUCUUUUAAGGGAGAGUUUAAGGGAAGCUGAACUUGAUCACUACAGUGCCAUAAUUAUGGACGAAGCUCACGAAAGAUCCCUCAGUACAGACGUCCUGUUUGGAUUAUUACGUGAGAUAGUUGCAAAACGGCAUGAUCUCAAACUAAUUGUCACAUCAGCGACGAUGGACUCCAGUAAAUUUUCUUUAUUUUUUGGUAACGUUCCUACCUUUACAAUACCCGGGAGAACAUUUCCCGUAGAAGUAUUGUUUAGUAAAAACCCUGUCGAAGAUUAUGUGGAUGCCGCUGUAAAGCAGGCUUUACAAAUACAUCUUCAGCCCCCUUCUGGAGACAUUUUGAUAUUUAUGCCUGGACAGGAAGAUAUCGAAGUAACGUGUGAGGUGAUAGCGGAACGUCUAGCAGAAAUCGAUAAUUCACCUGAGUUGUCGAUUUUACCAAUUUAUUCACAAUUGCCAUCAGAUUUGCAAGCAAAAAUUUUUCAAAGGUCUCCCGAAGGGAUUAGGAAAUGCGUGGUGGCGACAAACAUUGCCGAAACAUCUUUAACCGUUGAUGGAAUUAUUUUUGUGAUAGAUUCAGGCUAUUGCAAACUAAAGGUCUACAACCCUCGAAUAGGUAUGGACGCUUUACAAAUUUAUCCCAUUAGUCAAGCAAAUGCAAAUCAAAGAUCUGGUAGAGCUGGGAGAACAGGACCGGGACAGGCUUUUCGUUUAUAUACAGAGAGACAAUAUAAGGAAGAACUGUUGGUUACAAAUGUCCCUGAAAUUCAGAGGACGAAUUUGGCUAAUACGGUCCUUUUACUAAAAUCUCUGGGGGUUGAAGACCUACUUCAGUUUCACUUUAUGGAUCCUCCACCUCAGGACAAUAUAUUAAAUUCGUUGUAUCAGUUGUGGAUUUUGGGAGCGUUAGACAACACGGGAAUACUAACGAAAUUAGGGAGACAAAUGGCAGAAUUCCCACUGGAUCCACCCCAGUGUCAAAUGCUAAUUGUUUCUAGCCAAAUGGGUUGUACAGAAGAAAUUCUUACAAUUGUUUCAAUGCUAUCUGUUCCGUCAAUUUUUUAUCGUCCUAAAGGAAGAGAGGAGGAGGCAGAUAGUGUCAGGGAAAAGUUUCAAGUACCUGAAAGUGAUCAUUUAACAUACUUAAAUGUUUACAAUCAAUGGAAACAAAAUAAUUAUUCGUCAACAUGGUGUAAUGAGCAUUUCAUUCAUAUCAAAGCAAUGAGAAAAGUAAGAGAAGUUCGACAACAGUUAAAAGACAUAGUUGUACAGCAAAAAUUGGAAAUAAUUUCCUGCGGGACAGACUGGGAUAUAGUGAGAAAAUGUAUUUGUUCCGCUUAUUUUCACCAGGCUGCAAGGUUAAAAGGCAUAGGAGAAUACGUGAACUUAAGGACUGGUAUGCCUUGUCAUCUGCACCCUACUUCAGCCCUAUUCGGUCUUGGUAAUACACCGGAUUACGUAGUGUAUCAUGAGCUUGUCAUGACCGCUAGAGAAUAUAUGCAAUGUGUCACGUCAGUGGAUGGUCAUUGGCUUGCAGAACUUGGUCCUAUGUUUUUUUCGGUUAAGGAAACGGGCAAAUCGGGAAGAGCAAAGAAAAAACAGGCGGCAGAACAUCUUAUUGAAAUGGAAAAUCAAAUGCAAUUAGCUCAAAAAGAAAUGCUGGCGAGAAAAGAGGCCGCUGAAAAGAAGGAAGCUGCCAUGAACAAAGGACAAGAAAUUAUUACUCCUGGAUCAACGCCGAGAAGGACACCGUCAAGAUUAGGUUUAUAGAUAAUUAAUUAUAAUUACUCCAUAAUAAUAAUAUUUAUCUGGAAAUGAGAUAAAUAAACUUUCUUUUUUUA